GGACCUGGUAGCCCUGAGACAACCCAGAAGACGGUCUACCUGUCCACCUACCCUCCAUCUGUCUGGGGACUGUCCACCCGUCCAUCCAUCUAGACCGUCUCCAACCCAUCCCUCGCUCUCUUGGUCCAGCCAGACACCCAGCUCCCUGGCCUGCUCCCUCCUUCUCCCGGCAAUGCCUUCCCGAGAGCCCCUGCACGUGAAGACCCCCGUCCGUGACAGCAUGGCCCUGUCCAAACUGGCUGGCACCAGCGUCUACCUCAAGAUGGACAGUGCCCAGCCCUCGGGCUCCUUCAAGAUCCGGGGCAUCGGACACCUCUGCCAGACGUGGGCUGAGCGCGGCUGCAAACAUUUCGUCUGCUCCUCAGCGGGCAACGCGGGCAUGGCGGCUGCCUACGCCGCCAGGAAGCUGGGUGUCCCCGCCACCAUCGUCGUGCCCAGCACCACCCCCGCCCUCACCAUCGAGCGGCUCAAGGGUGAGGGCGCCACGGUCAAGGUGGUGGGUGAGAUGUUGGACGAGGCCUUCGAGCUGGCCAAGGCCCUGGUGAAGAACAACCCAGGCUGGGUCUUCAUCCCUCCCUUCGACGACCCCCUCAUCUGGGAAGGCCACACGUCCAUCGUGAAGGAGCUGAAGGAGACGCUGGGCGCAAAGCCGGGGGCCAUCGCACUGUCCGUGGGUGGCGGCGGCCUGCUGUGUGGAGUGGUCCAGGGGCUGCAGGAGGUGGGCUGGGGGGACGUGCCCGUCAUCGCCCUGGAGACCACGGGAGCCCACAGCUUCCACGCUGCCGCCUCUGCCGGCAAGCUCGUGUCUCUGCCCCGGAUCACCAGUGCUGCCAAGGCCCUGUGUGUGAAGACUGUGGCGGCUCAGGCCCUGAAGCUGUCUCAGGAACACCCCAUUUUCUCAGAAGUUAUCUCGGACCAGGAGGCUGUGGCCGCCAUUGAGAAGUUUGUGGAUGACGAGAAGAUCCUGGUGGAGCCCGCCUGCGGGGCAGCCCUGGCCGCCGUCUACAGCCGCGUGAUUCAGAAGCUGCAAGGAGAGGGGAAGCUCCGCAGCCCCCUGUCCUCCCUCGUGGUCAUCGUCUGUGGGGGCAGCAACAUCAGCCUGGCCCAGCUGCAGGCCCUCAAGGCACAGCUGGGCAUGAAGGACGAGCCGCCGAAAUGAGAGUGCUCCCCUGCGCACCUCCCUCCGCCGCCUGGGGGCCCCCCAGGAGGUGCUGGGGUUUCCCCCCCCCGCAGUGCCACGCUGUACACACUGUUCUGGUGUCUGGCUGGGGGCCUGCGGCCAGGCGGGUCAGCGCCUCCCUGCGCCCCCAAGGCCACUGUGUGGAGGGGCCGGCGCCCCGAGGUGGAGGCAGGAGCCGGCAGUCAGCGGGGCUGCAGACUGAACCCCUGCUAUUGGCGUGACUGCCCUGUGACGGAACCCAGCCAGCCCUGCCGGGGAGACAACCACCCACGUGUAACAUAUCAGGCUCCCAGAGCGACGCGGGUGGGAGGGGCCAAGAUCACAGCACCAGGCCGCCCCUCGGAUCGAGGUGUCCCCGCCCCGGCCUUUCGACCUGGGAAGAUGGACGGGGCCACCAUCCAGGGCUGAGGGACCUUCUUGUCUCAAAGCCCACCCUCACUCGUUUUUCUAAUGUGCAAAUAUUUUCGUUG